CUCCAGGAGUCAGCUCCCCGCCCCGCCUGGUGGAAGCUCGGGGGACCAGCGGGGUCGAGUGGGAGGGUUUACGAUUUAACAGUGCCGUUUCCGGGAGGCGGAGCUCAGGCACCCAUUUUCUUUCUCUUGCCGAGUUGAGAUCGACUCGCUGCUGGGCCCCAGUGCUUUGGAGACCCCACGUCGACCCCCUUGAGCAGCCUGUCCGGGCCCGGCCGCAGCAUGGGCGGCGCGCGGGACGUGGGCUGGGUUGCCGCAGGCCUGGUCUUGGGCGCCGGCGCCUGCUACUGCAUUUACAGACUGACCCGCGGCCAGCAGCGGGGUAGCGGUGGGCGCCGGCUUCGCCCUUCGCGGUCCGCAGAAGACUUAACCAGUGAUUCAUGUGAUGAUGUUCUAAAUGCUGAACAACUUCAGAAACUCCUUUACCUGCUUGAAUCAACUGAGGAUCCUGUAAUUAUGGAAAGAGCCUUGGUCACUCUGGGCAAUAAUGCAGCCUUUUCAGCUAACCAAGCUAUUAUUCGUGAAUUAGGUGGUAUUCCAAUUGUUGGAGACAAAAUCAACAAUCCAAACCACAGUAUUAAAGAGAAAGCCUUAAAUGCACUAAAUAACCUGAGUGUGAAUGUUGAAAAUCAAAUCAAAAUAAAGAUAUACAUCAAACAAAUCUGUGAGGAUGUCUUCUCUGGUCCCCUGAACUCUGCUGUGCAGCUUGCUGGACUGAGAGUGUUAACAAACAUGACUGUUACCAAUGACCACCAGCACAUGCUGAAAAGUUACAUUACAGACCUGUUCCAGGUGUUACUUACUGGAAAUGGAAACACGAAGGUGGAUUCAUCAUUCCUUUCCCUUUAUGACGGCCAUGUAGCUAAGGAGAUUCUUCUUCGAGUACUCAUACUAUUUCAAAAUAUAAAUAACUGCCUCAGAAUGGAAGGUCAGUUAGCUACUCAGCCUCCUUUCUCUAAAGGUUCAUUGUUUUUCCUGUUAUAUGGAGAAGAAUGUGCCCAGAAGAUGAGAGCUCUAGUUUAUCAUCAUGAUGUGGAUGUGAAAGAAAAGGCUCUAACAAUAAUACCAAAAUUCUGAUUGGUUGAUCAUAUUUUUCCAAAGAGUAAUGCAGUCUGGAAGUUAAUACACCAAAAAUUAUUUUCCAUUUUCCUUAUAGAGGGAUCCUUUCAGCUAUUGAAUGUGAGCAGCAAAUAUCACUUUUCAUCUUUAACACAGUACAGGUGAAACAUCUCUAAUCUGACACAAUGCUCAAAAUUUGAGAUUCUGGAGCAUUUCGGAUUUGGGGUUUGGGGAUUAAGAAUGUUUAACCAGUAAGUCUAUUAUGCAAAUAUUCCAAAGUAUGAAAAAUUCCAAAUUCUGAAAUACUGUUCUCAAGUAUUUCAGAUAAGGAAUACUCAACCUGUAUAACUUGCUAUGGUUUUCAGGCUUAUUUUGGACCAUUUAUUGAUACCAAGUGAAUAUAAGAGCUUGAACUAAGACCAGUUAUUUCACUAUAUGCUGAGAUAUUUUAGUUAUUUCCUCUACAUAAACAGUAACCUUCUUUUUUUUU